UUUAUCGCCUGUUUCGGGAUUUGACAGAAGCGCUUUAAUUUUUUUUAUAGGUUUUCAGAGAUAAAAGAUUCAAAAUUUAUGAUGAAAAAUAAAAAUAUCUCAGAAAAGUUUCCUUCUAAUGAAUAAAGGCAUCGCAAAUCAUUUAUUAAUUAAGAAAAUUAUUACGUAGUUAUAGCACAGCUCAACUUACAACCGUUAUUGAUGUUGCCAUGGCUACAGCUCGUGAUUUAAAAGAUGUAUUAAAAGACGCCCUCGCUAAAUCGGGUGCCCUUGGAGAAAUAAGAGCCAAAAUACGUGCUGAAGUAUUUAACAUCCUGCAAGAUGAAAGUGAACCUCCCAAUCCUGUUUCCAAUGAAAAUAUUCUUAUUAAUGAGUUAAUUCGAGAAUACUUAAUAUUCAAUGGAUACUUAUUUACAGAAUCAGUGUUAGUUGCAGAAUCCGGACAUCCAAAUUUUCCUCUACAAAGACAGUUACUGGAAGAAAGAUUAAAAGUUAAAGUUGUAGAUAAUUCCAGCAAUAUGCCACUGCUGUAUGAACUUGUAUCUCAGUUUGUAAACCAACCUAAAUCAGAGCAAGAAAAUCCUCAAAGUGAAGAAUUGAGGUCAAGUCCUUAAAAUAUUUUGUUAUAAUCUUAUGUAUUUAAUUAUGUUUUACUUAAAUAAACAAUUUUUUCAAGUUAA